CCCGCCGCCUAACGCGUACUUAACUGUACACUCUUGCGGCAGCAACGCGCCCAGGUCCUCUCGCCUGUCUUCCCUGACCGUCCGCGAGAUCGCCCCCCUGACAGACACGGCACCAUGGCGAGAAACGUCUUCUCCGUGCCCAUCUUCUUCAUUGUCUUCCGCGAGACCCUCGAGGCCGCCAUCAUCGUCUCCGUCCUCCUCGGUCUCGUCGAGCAGAUCGUCCACCAAGACCCGGCACUCAUCCCGGGCGCCGUCUCCCACACUCUGACCGUGUCCACGUCCGAUCAGGAAAAAGACAAGGCCGACUCGAAUGAGGGUGUGGUAACGCCCCAGGAGCUCACCUCGGGCGAGGACCUCCAGGUCAACGCUAAGCGUCUGCUCCGCAGGAUGCGCAUCUACAUCUUCGCAGGCGCAUUUCUCGGCUUGUUUUUUGCGCUCGCAAUCGGUGCUGCGUUCAUUGCCGUUUGGUUCACACAGGCGGCCGACUUGUGGUCCAAGUCCGAAGCGCUUUGGGAGGGUAUCUUCUCGCUUGUUGCAUCUCUCAUCAUAUUCGCCAUGGGCAUCGGAAUGCUCAAGAUGGACCGAGCAAAGGCGAAAUGGCGAGUGAAGCUCCAGCGAGCCUUCGCUGGCAAAGCUGAGAGUCGUGGGGCAAAGACGGGCAAAUACGUCCUAUUCAUUCUGCCUUUCAUCACUGUGCUUCGUGAAGGUAUGGAAGCUGUCGUCUUCGUCGGCGGAGUCUCCCUUGGGCAGCCCGCAACGUCCAUCCCCAUUGCUGCCAUCGUCGGCCUUGUCUGCGGUCUCAUCUGUGGUUACCUCAUCUACGCCUUCGCGAGCAGGACAACGUUGACGAUCUUCAUGGUCGUCAUGACCAACUUCCUGCUCCUCAUCGGCGCCGGCCUCUUCUCCAAGGCCGUCUGGGACUUCCAGGAGAACGCCUUCAACAACCUCCUCGGCGCGGACGUCGACGACACGGGCGGCGACGGUCCGGGCUCUUUCGACGUACGCGGCAACGUGUGGCACCUCGACUGCUGCAACCCAGAGAACAACUUCGACUCGGACGGCUGGACGAUCUUCUCCGCCAUCUUCGGCUGGACCAACUCUGCAACGGUCGGCUCUGUACUCUCCUACGUCUUCUACUGGCUCGCCGUCGUCGCCGUGCUCAUCCACAUGAAGUUCAAGGAGGGCCGGACGAAGCUCCUCGGCAAGGAGUCCGCGAUGGGCCGGAAGCGGCGCGAGAGGAUGGAGGCGCAGGAGGCGAGCGCCGUCGCAGCAGCUGAGAAGAGCGAUUGAGUUCGUGGUAAACCCAGAACAAAAGCGCAGGCUAUGACUAGUAGAGGCACGAUCUCGAUGCUUAGUCCUUUUGACGACACUCCUGUAGCAACAAUAUGCGGCUGUAAUCUCUGGAGAAGUGCCCGAAAUCAGUAUCAAUGGCACGUAGUACGGCUGGAAACGCGAAUCGAUCGGCUGAGCACGACGAUGUAUGACACGCGCUCACACACAAGUACGCACCCGCACCCGACUUGUGCGUCCGUCGAACACGGGCUCGUGGCGCACCCGGAGCGGUGGUUAUGUAUGCAUGUCGAGUCCCAGCAGCUUGGUGUGUGUGCAGAUGCGCGGUGAAACGUAUCAUCUGGACAGAGGAUGAUACCAACGGCCAGCCGCCAGACCCCUCUCGACCGACAAGGGCCGAUCCACUCCACGAUGGGCCAUAUGGUCGCGGAGCCUGUCGACGCC